AUGGACGACCAGCCCGACGUCCGGCGGCCUUCUGUUUCCUUUGCCGACAACUCGACGACAGACGAAUCCUCCGAAGCAACCCCGAUCGCGAGCAAUCAUUCGGGCGCCGCUGCGCCACAGGUGGCAGACUCAUCCGCCCCUGCUGCCGACUCCGCCAACGCUGCCGCUCCAGUUGCAUCUUCCGUAUACGUCUCCGCCAAUACUGCGACUGCGACCCCCAGCUGCUCCUCGUCAUGGAGUGCUAGUUCCGACCGACAACUCGGGCAUGGCGCCAGUCCCGAUCCUUCAGACCGAGUCUUUCCUAUUCGUUCUGUCGUGAGUGUCGACCGUACCGGUCGAACCUCUGGCGAGCACGACUAUUUUCCUCGACUGCCCGACCAUGGCCAAUAUCAAGCACCUCGACCUGGCAAUCCUCGUAUCGACACUGCCGCUCUUGAGGCCGUUCCUCGUCGCGAUUCUAUCUCUGUCUCUACCCCUCACUCGCUCCCUUCAACACUUACAUCGCCAAGCGAUCGACAGGCUAUUUUGACCAGGAGAAAGAAUACAGGAAGUGGGCCAUUGUCUAGCGUCCAAGCUGACGCCGCACGCCACGCCAUUUCUAAACCACUUGAUAUCUUCCAAGAUGCCCCGUCUGAUAUUGAGGAAGAUUCGGCGCAAGGUGAUGAGUCCUCUCAACUUCAGGCUUCUAGCUCGACCAGCCAGCUCGGCGAAGCGGGCAAUGAAGGCCUCUUCACGACACGCUUCAAGCAUGUUGUGACUGAUGAAGGACAUCAUGUCAUCACUGGCACCGACAGCUUUCUACAGCGAUGCGAAGAUGAGCCGAUCCAUACUCCCGGUGCAGUCCAGGGUUUUGGUGCCCUAGUGGCCAUUCGUGAGGAGACUGAUGGCCGGUUUUCAGUCCGCUAUGCUAGUGAGAAUACCGAGAGGUUGAUGGGCUACUCACCGCAGCAUCUGUUCCGUCUCAACAGCUUUCUCGACAUACUCACUGAGGAGCAACAGGAUAAUUUGUUGGACCACAUCGAUUUCAUUCGCGACGAAGAUGCUGACCCUGCCAUUAAUGGGCCGGAGGUCUUCAGCCUUUCCAUUCGCCCGCCCAAGAAGAAGAGUGUCAAGCUCUGGUGUGCCAUUCAUAUUAAUCCAGCACACCCCGAAUUGAUCAUUUGCGAGGUCGAACUAGAUGACGACCACCAGUUUCCGCUUCGACCACCAGAAGAGGCUACCCCGAAUACGCCAGAAGAUACGUUGCAGGCGAAUCCCACCAUGGAGGAGCUGGCUGAAAGUACAGAAAUUCUCAGCAAGCCAUUGAGGGUUCUCAGAAGUGCACGAAAACGCAGAGGUGACGCAGGCGCUAUGCAGGUAUUUGAUAUUAUGUCCCAGGUACAGGAGCAGCUAGCGGCAGCGCCGAACCUGGAAGCAUUCUUGAAGGUCUUGGUCGGCAUUGUCAAGGAACUCACUGGCUUUCACCGAAUUAUGAUUUACCAAUUUGAUUCCUCGUUUAAUGGAAAGGUCGUCACCGAGCUUGUCGAUACCACACACACAAAGGACUUGUACAAGGGCCUGCACUUUCCUGCCUCCGAUAUCCCGCGGCAAGCUCGCAACCUUUACAAGCUAAAUAAGGUGAGGCUUCUCUAUGACCGGGACCUGGAGACCGCUAGGCUCGUUUGCAAAGCGAAGGAGGACCUGGAUCUACCCUUGGACCUCAGUCAUUCCUACUUGCGCGCUAUGUCACCCAUUCACCUGAAAUACCUCGCCAAUAUGGCUGUACGAUCCUCAAUGUCGGUUUCUAUCAAUGCAUUCAACGAACUAUGGGGUCUCAUUGCUUGCCAUUCUUACGGUCGCAAGGGCAUGCGUGUGUCCUUUCCAAUUCGCAAGAUGUGCCGCUUAGUCGGAGACACGGCAUCAAGAAAUAUCGAGAGAUUGUCAUACGCAACCCGCCUUCAGGCUCGCAAACUCAUCAACACUGCACCUACGGAGAAAAAUCCGUCCGGAUAUAUUAUAGCUUCGUCAGACGAUCUUUUGAAGCUUUUUGAUGCUGACUUUGGUAUGCUUUCCAUUAAGGGAGAGACCAAGAUACUGGGCGAUAUUGAGCAGUCUCAAGAAGCGUUAGCUAUGUUGGAGUACUUGCGCCUACGCGAACUUACAUCAGUCGUCACUUCUCAGGACAUUCGGGAAGACUUCCCCGACCUACGUUAUCCCCUUGGUUUUACAGUCAUUGCCGGUUUGCUGUACGUUCCAUUGAGCGUCGGUGGCAAUGACUUUAUCGUCUUUUUCCGAAAAGGGCAGGUAAAGGAGGUGAAGUGGGCAGGGAAUCCGUAUGAGAAGACGUUACGCGAAGGCACAGCCGCUUAUCUCGAGCCCAGGAAGAGUUUUAAGACUUGGCACGAGACGGUUCUCGGCAAAUGUCGAGAGUGGUCAGAGGAACAAGUUGAGACAGCAGCUGUGCUAUGUUUGGUCUACGGCAAGUUCAUCGAAGUGUGGAGACAAAAGGAGGCUGCAUUGCAGAGCAGCCGCCUUACGCGGCUUUUGCUUGCGAAUUCGGCGCACGAAGUACGCACUCCUCUUAAUGCAAUCAUCAACUACUUGGAGAUUGCCUUGGAAGGCUCGCUAGAUCAAGAGACCCGCGACAAUCUUGCUAAAUCGCAUUCUGCAUCGAAGUCUUUGAUUUAUGUCAUCAAUGACUUGCUCGACCUGACCAAAACGGAAGAGGGGCAGAAUCUUGUUAAAGAUGAAAUUUUUGACUUCGGAAUGUGUAUUCGCGAAGCGACCGAUCCGUUUAUGAACGACGCCAAGAGGAAAGGCAUCGACUACCAAGUCAUCGAGCAUCCUGGCUUACCUCGUCACGUCUGUGGCGACAGUCGGCGUCUCAGGCAGGCUAUCUCCAAUGUGGCGGCCAAUGCGGUGCAAAACACCUCCAGCGGUUAUGUUAGGGUUGAACUCUAUGUUAGCGAGGUUCUCGAAAGCCGCGUACGAAUCGAAAUUGUCGUAGAGGACACGGGCAAAGGAAUGACGGCGAAGCAGCUGGAUACUCUUUUUCGGGACCUGGAGCAGGUCAGCGUCGAACUUGAUGAAACCACUCCACCAUCCCAAGACGAUGGAGUCGGCAAAGAAAGUAGGAUAUUGGGUUUGGGUUUGGCCGUUGUUGCAAGAAUUGUCCGGAACAUGGAUGGUCAGCUGCGUUUGAAGUCGGAGCAGAGCAGAGGUUCGAGGUUUGUUAUUCAGUUGCCCUUCGAUCUUCCGGACGAUGAGCCCGCACCUACAGAAGGUACCAUAGCUUCGAAACCGAAUACUGCGUCCAGCGUCGCGUCAGUCACGACUGCGGUUAUGCCGGACAACGAUGGCGAAAUGAUGCUCAUCGACCGCGGAAGCAAGCUGACCCACAAUAAUGAAGGCUUUGGGGAGACGAACUCUGGGUGUGCAGGCUCGAAAGCGGAAACCCUCAGUCUUGGGAGCCAGAGAAGCGCCGCCACAGGAGCCAGUCGAACGAGCGACAGGAGUUCCAGAAGCGAUGCAGAUCGGCUUAUUGAUGCGAUACAAACGCCAUUUUCUAUCGGUGAUGUCCACAAUAACCGGCCGGUUUCUCAACGCCAGUUCUCGAAGGAAACCUUGCACCGGCCGGCAUCUUCCGAUGAUAAAGAUUCGUUGGCCUCAGCCGCCAGAGUUCUGGGAUCACCAACUUCACGGCGAACAAACCCUAGUGGAAUUACCUCGACCGAACCAACGCAGCCAUCCGAAGUUGGAUACACCAACGUCAUGGACACAAGAACCCCCAUAAGGGCAAUCAAAAUACCUGAUGAGUAUUUCGACCAGCCAUCAUCCAGACCCCAAGAGAGCAACUCUUCCCGAGUGCUCUUUGAAGUGCCAGAACGGCCUAAGGAUCCGGCAAUAUCAGAAAGCGGUACUAUUGGGACAGCUACCAGCAUCGUUUCGGGGGCAGAUGACACCAAGCUGCAGGUGCUCAUCGCCGAAGACGAUCCCAUUAACUUGAGGAUUCUGCGCAAGCGAUUAGAGAAAUCAGGCCAUCAAGUAUCACAUGCCGUUAAUGGUGAAGAUUGCGCAACAGUUUACCGCGACAAAUCCAAGUCCUUCGACGUUAUUUUGAUGGACAUGCAGAUGCCAAUAGUUGAUGGGCUUACAAGCACCAAGAUGAUACGGGCGUACGAGCAGUCCGAAGGCCACGGGGGUCACUCCACGAUAGCCACCCACAACGGCAGAAUCCCUAUAUUUGCCGUCUCCGCAUCACUUAUAGAACGCGAAAAGGACAAGUAUGUCGACGCUGGUUUUGACGGAUGGAUUCUCAAGCCCAUUGACUUCAAGCGGCUCAACACCUUAUUGUUGGGAAUUGUGGAGGAUGGUGUUCGUACGUCGUGCCUAUACGCCCCCGGGCAAUGGGAGCGUGGUGGCUGGUUUAAUGUUCGAGAUCGCCCUGAUGAUGAUUGUCAGAAGCAUCAGGGGCCACACACAGAAACUCUAACCAAAUCCUCAUCAGAGGAAGAAAACGGGAGCAUGCCAGAAGCUGACUUAGCAACUUGA